CCCCCCGGAGGCGGUAGGAUGGGCGAGCACGACCCGGCGGCCGGGGAGCUCGAGGGCUUCGCGCUCGACAAGGACUUCCUGCGCUCGCCCAAGGGGGUGCUGAUGGGGGCCGAGCUGGGUCUCUCUUUCCUGGUGUUCCUGCUGCUCACGGCCUCUGUCUCGGCCUACAUGGGUGCCGCCUUGCUGGAAGUCUUGGUGACCCUGGCGUUCCUGGCCCUGCGAGCCACGCAUUUCCAUGAGCGCCUGACCCGGGUCAACUGGCCCUGCCUGGACUUCCUUCGGUGCGUCAGCGCAGCCAUCGUCUUCAUUGUCGUGGCCUUUGCGGUCAUCGCAGCCAAUCAUGAGGGAUCGGCUGUGUCGGCCUUUGUUUUCAGCCUUAUUCUGAUUGGGGUUUUCUGCUUGGACGCAUACAAAACCUACCAGGCGGAGAUGGGAUCUGACCAAGGUGAGCAGAGCAAACUAGCCUGUAGAAUUCUUGCUAAUUCUGCUGGUGGCAGGACUGAGCUGGGCUUGAAAGAAGCCAAGCAAGAUUGA